UGCUGGCGGCGGCGAUGGCGACGCUCAUGGCGGUGCUGGCGCGGCCCUUCCGCCGUGGUCCUGCCGGCCUAGGGCUGCGGCUCCGACGGGAGGCGACGGACGGCCCGUGGGGCCGGGGCCGGACGUGGAGCGAGGUGCUUAGAAAAAGCCUUCACAGGGGGCUUGUGCUUUCAACAGGGUCCUUUUUGGCUUAUGAAGCUCAUAAGGUGACUUUUGGCUUUGCUGAGGUUCAUGCAAGCUUCAAAGUGGAAGAAGUGAUAGAACAAGCAGACUACCUGUACGGGAGUGGAGAAACUGAAAAACUGUAUCAGUUGCUGGUUCAGCAUAAAAAUAGUGAUGAUGCGGAGUUGUUGUGGCGGCUGGCACGGGCAUCACGAGAUCUAGCUCAGCUUAGUAGUACUUCUGCAGAGGAGAAGAAACAACUGACUUAUGACUCCUUUGAGUAUGCAAAAAAGGCUCUUGAAAAAAACGAAUCAAAUUCUGCAGCGCACAAGUGGUAUGGAAUUUGCCUCAGUGAUGUUGGAGACUAUGAAGGAAUCAAGACUAAAAUUGGAAAUGCUAUUGUUAUCAAGGAGCAUUUUCAGAGAGCCAUUGAACUAAAUCCAAAAGAUGCUACAACAAUUCAUCUUAUAGGGAUUUGGUGUUACUCCUUUGCUGAAAUGCCAUGGUACCAAAGAAAAAUUGCUGCAACGCUGUUUGCCACACCACCAACCUCCACGUUUCAAGAGGCGCUACGUUACUUUCACAUGGCAGAGGAAGCUGAUCCAAAUUUCUACAGCAAAAAUUUGCUCUUUUUGGGGAAGACAUACUUGAAGUUAAACAAUAAAAAGAUGGCUCUUCUCUGGUUAAGCAAAGCAAAGGAGUAUCCUGCACAGACAGAAGAGGACAAACAGGUACAGAAAGAAGCUUUGGAGCUGCUUAAUUCUAUAUAAGAAGAAACAAGAUAAUGGGAAUUCAGUGCCUCAGGUUUGAGCAGCGUAGGAAAAAGGCCCCAAAUACUACUUUGGUUUAUUGAAGCUGUUAAUAAAAGUAUGGCCCAGACCUUCUAUCUCCAUAUCAUUUCAAUUACGGUGUCAACUAGAAGAUGUUUCC